GCUACACAACUCUAACUAGUUACACUAUACAGCGCAAUAGGAAUUAGGAAACAGAAGGGGAAGAAAAACCUUUUGAAAAUAACUUAAUUUUCAGCAGGUUUCGAGACACACUUUAAGAGGACAUCAUGACAAAAGAUAGAAGAUUCGACCUACAUCAGACUAGCUCUGGUCGGGGCUUGGAUUACCGACCAGAAUACUAUUUUCCUGCAUCUGAUUUUAAGACUACCAUUCACAAUCCUCUACCACCUGAGCUGGCCAAACAAGAUGAGAUUAUCAAACCAUUCCAAACAACAACAGGACAGACGCAUGAUUACAAAUAUCAUGGAGGAUUGUUGGCUAACCCUCAGCAUCAAAAGGCACCAGGUCACUGGAAUAUUCACUACAAUAAGGAUUUGAGAGAAAAGCUCCAACAAAGAGGCUGGAGAAAACCUCUAACCAUGGGGCAUCAAGAGAGUGAAGCCCAAUCACAGUACAGAGGACACCAAAUGCAGAUGGGUGUAGACUUUGACAACAGGCUUAGUGGCAAUCCUCAGCCAUCUAAUCUUCAAACUCACCAUCAGAACUGCCCUGCACCUGUCCGGGAUAGCAUGCCUAAAUACAAGCCAUCACUUGUCCGGGAUGAUGGCGCCCUUCAACUUCUUGAUAUCUAUGUGCCAACCUCUCACCAUGUACACAAGCGUUUCACUCGUAAUGAACUCGAUGACUACCCAAAGAAAGAUGCUGCCACCUAUUGGCGAUGUGAAGAUUACACACAAGCAUGGGGACAUGGUACAAAGCACAAUCCUCUUCCAAAGGCAGCUGAAGUUCACCAACGUGCUCCAAUGACAGAUGAAAUGGUCUUCAAGACCGCCAUUAAGGAACCUGUACGUUGGCCAGAACAAUUCAAGCGUGUUCCUCACUCCGGUAUAAAGACCACCAUGACCAGUUCUUACAAGACACCAUCAGACCAUAGAAUGAAAGAGCUUUUCUCAUGUCCUGUUGAUACGCCUUGGGUCAUCCCGAAAGCCGGCCCAAUCCAAACAUUCUCUGUACCCAACAUGUACACAACAGAAUACAAAACUUAUGCAAGUGGUAAACCAAUUGCUGUUUGAAGCCGGGAAGUUGUCUAC